GUCGGUAACCGAACGGGAAGAGAAUGUUCCCGCUGUGCUGGUAACCGGUCGACGAUCGAUCAUAUCGAUCGUCUCGCUUCGACGUACUUGGACGAACCGUGGAUUAGCUCCGGCGUUGCGAGUGCUGUUUACACGGACACUUUGAAACUCGACUCGCGACUCGAGAGAAAUCCGACAUCCGAACUCGUCGAAUCCAUGUUAUCUUGUUCCGUUGCGUACUUUGGCUACAGGAACCGAACAUUUUAUCGGAAGAUUCAAGAUCAUGGGUUUACUACCCGAGUCGAACCCAAGACUUUGGAGAAUCGGCAGAUUGCAAACAUUCGGACAGUGGCCUUUUCAAUCUUUCGAUAAUCCGUGGCAUCCGAAACGAACGGCUGCUGCUGAAUGUCUUGCCGUUGCCAGCAAAGAAGAACCAGAUUUGCUCGAAUGUUUCAUCUGUUCGAAGUAACCGGACGACGAUUCAUGGGCAGAGCAACGAAUCGUCCAAUCGUGGAUAGUUGGGUUUGGACAAUUCGGACAGGUCCAAUUUGUUGAAUCGAUUUAGCGUUCCUAGUCUGAAAAGCCUCUGUUAAGCGAGUCCACCUGGGAGGUGCGUUUUAACAUUUUUCUUUGAUAAUAAAACAUGUACGUUGUACGUUACAGACACGCGAAUCGGACAAAGGUAAAGCCAAAGCGAAAGAGAAUACCGCUAGAAUGGCGAAGAAAAUUCCUGAAACGUCCAAGCGCUGGAGAAGAAGUUGCCCUAACAGAGUCCGAAAUGAAUGCCAAGCAUCUAUCGAUCUCUCCUCUCGUCUGUUUGAUCCGCCUGUUCGAACCGUUUCUCUGUUCAUUAUUCAAAUCAGAAGUGGAAAGUUGGUUUUCAUCGAUCUAGACAAAGAAAUAUCGUGUACGUCCGGACCGAUAGUGAUAACCGUUCCGAUACCGAUCCAAGAUUAACAUUCGGUGACCGGUGUAGAUACGAAUGAGCAUACGAAUUAUCAAAUAUUGCGUUUGACUAAUUUACGCUCUUCAUUCGUGUCAACGAAUGUUGUUUGAUUUUAUCGAGAUACCACUUGAUUUGAUGGUAUUAAAGCUAAGAUCGAUUCAUUAUCAUCCAUCUCGUGGCAUAUCGGCACACGGAUGUCUCAAUACUAAAAUUUUUCCUAUAAUCGUAACGUUGAUUACGCGGCGUCUAUCGCGCGUGCCUUCUCCGAACAUUACGUAUCCCUGAAUCGUAGAAACAAAUUCAUAUAUGCUGCCCGUUACGUGUCGGUUAGCGUUGCUAAUAAAAAGUACAUUUUUAUUGGAAACAAUUUCUAUCGCUUACGUAAUCAUAUUCGAUUCUAAAUGGAUCGGAAUCAUUAUCAACGUUCCUCUGUGGCAAGAUAUUGUUUUCUGUUUUUCCUGGUUCUUUCCUUUUCUGUUUCUGUUUCUGUAUCUGUUUCUGUCUGGUCUGAAGAUAUUUCCUAUUACGCGGAAAGGAGACCUUGCGAUUUCGCGUCCGUUCCCAUACCGGAGGCAUGCGUCUACCAGAAUUGGUUUCUCGUACUCGAAAUUGAAUAAUACGAGUUGUCGAAAGAAAUUUUACGCGGGAUAUUGCGCGGGUGGAACGAUAAAGAUUAGUUAUGCUUUCGAUUCUUCGAUGAGUUACGAAAUGAUCGAAACCUUGUCUUGAAAGUUGAGCAAUCGGUGUAAUUUGUCGACGGAAUUCAUUAUCACUGCGGUUAUACGUAUAUAUCUGUAGGAAGCUUAUACGCAUUGUGUUUGCUUUGUAUUUUGUUCGUGUUGUGUUUGUGUCGCGUAAGGGCUAUAUUCGUUAUUUAUCGAGUCGCUUUAAGCCGAUAGCUUAUUGGAUUGCUGAUAGUUUUGUUGAAUCCAAGCUUUCCAUUGUUGAUGUAUCUGAACGCAAUCGUUGCGCGGUCGCGCUGAUGUACCGUUUCUAGAACGGAUAAUAAAACACGAGGAAGGAGAGAAGGAAAGGAAACUAAAAGACUGACAAGAGGACAAGAGACAAACGGAAAUGUCCAAUGAUAAGAUCAACCCUGAAAAGCUCGUAUCGAAUCUGAAAUCCAGUUUCUUUCGAUUUCUUUCAAUUUCUUUCAAUUUCAGUUGGUUUUUCACGCCACGUACGAAGCGCGAAAUGGAUUUCCUUGUUCGAUUCGCCGAUUCUUUCCGUCGAAUUUGAUAGCUGCCGAUGGAUAUUGAAUCGUGAACAAUCGUGAAAAACUAAAGAGGAAAAAGGAAAAAGGAAAAACGAAUAUACGUUCGGUCGCGUUAUCAUUUCCCCUCCAGCUUGGCUGUGCCUCCUCCGCGUCAACUUUUACCACGGUACUACGCUGCUUAACAUCUUAUCCACAUUUCCUUUCCCUUUUCGCGUCCACCGAAGAGCACGUGCACACGUAUAAAACGAAUUCGCACGGAGAGCGUCGAUUCAGUUACUCGCAACAUGUGAUCGAGGUGUGUGCACGAUCGACCGUCUACUACCGUUUCGUUUCUAUUCGUAUAGAUAGAAUCAAAGUGAAUCGAAGAUUGUGCUCGAUUCACCGCUGAAUUCUCGACCUUGGAAGAUUCAGAGGUAAAAAGGCUGCCCGCGUUUGCCAGUUUUCGAGCGACAGAUUUGACAAAGAAUGAUAUCCAGUUGGAAACUGUGCUGCAAUAGGAUACCGCAACGAUGGGUGUUUGCGAUAAUGGGAUUUUUGGCGUUGUUGAACGCUUACGCGAUGAGAGUUUGCCUCUCGAUCACGAUCACCGAGAUGGUGCAACCGGCGGAUGCAGCGCACGAAUCUGCUGAUCACACGUGCGAUAAGUUUGACGACGAGCGAUCGCAUCCCAACCGAACAAUCCCGUCCGAUGCGAAGCUCUACGACUGGGACGCUGUGACCCAGGGCACGAUAUUGUCAUCGUUCUACUGGGGAUACGUGAUCACGCAUAUACCGGGUGGCAUGCUGUCCGAGAAAUUCGGUGGGAAACACGCCCUCGGCCUAGGAAUUCUGGCGACCGCCUUGUUCACGCUGCUCACGCCGGUGGUGGUAGAGUAUGGAGAAGCAACGGGUCUAAUUGUUCUUCGCGUACUAAUGGGUCUGUGCGAGGGUACCACUUUUCCGGCAUUGAACGCGAUGCUCGCGCAGUGGACACCGCCGGAAGAAAGAUCCGUGAUCGGCUCGUUGGUAUUCGCGGGUGCUCAGCUCGGUACGGUAAUCGCGAACUCAUUGUCCGGACUGAUUCUUUACUACUCACCGAUGGGCUGGCCAGCUGUGUUUUACGUGUUCGGUAGCAUCGGAGUACUCUGGUUUCUGAUAUGGCUGGUAACGUGCUACAAUAAUCCGGACACGCAUCCGUUCAUCUCCCAGAAGGAGAAGAACUUUUUGAGCGAGAAAAUGCACGCGCAUACGCAUAAAAAGCCACCGUCGGUCCCAUGGAGGCACAUUAUCCGAUCCGUACCACUUUGGGCAUUGAUAGCAGCCCAGGUUGGCCACGACUGGGGUUUCUUCACUUUGGUCAACGAUCUUCCCAAGUACAUGAGCAGUGUGCUCAAAUACUCGAUCAAGAGCAACGGGCUGCUCUCCGCCUUGCCCUAUCUCACAAUGUGGAUUUGCAGCGUAAUCACGUCUUGUCUAGCCGAUUGGAUGAUCACGAACGGCGUGAUGUCGCGUACCAACGUACGCAAACUGGGCACCACGAUCGCAUCGCUCGGCCCCGGAGUGUUUAUCAUCGCCGCCUCCUACGCGGAAUGCGACAGAACAGUCGUCGUCGUAAUGUUCACCCUCGGCACCACUCUGAUGGGCACCUUUUAUCCAGGAAUGAAGGUUAACGCGCUCGAUCUCAGUCCCAAUUACUCUGGCACAUUGAUGGCUCUCGUGAAUGGAAUAGGCGCUUUCACCGGUAUCCUCACGCCGCACAUCGUCGCCCUGUUGGCUCCGAACGACACCUACCACGAAUGGAGACUCGUCUUUUGGAUCGUCCUUGUCGUGUUUAUCCUGACAAAUAUUAUUUUCGUGCUGUACGCGAGCGGCGAGGUUCAGUACUGGAAUGACCCUGAAUUCCUCAGAAAGGAAAGGGAAGGGAAGGGGAACGAGCAAAAGUUCGAAAUGAAAUGGACGAAAAAUUGGAGAAUACCCUUCGUUAAAGGAGACGCGCGAAUAUAAUGUAAAUUCAAUGGAAAUUUCUACCUUUACGAUGGAACGGCUUCCUCGGCGCUCUUCCUUGCCACGCGUCACGCGCAAUCGUGUCUCUGUGUGCGGCCUCGAGUAAACGAAACAAUCCUCGGAAGAGAGUAACCGUUCGUUCCGUGUAAAAACCGUACUUAGCACUAACAGUAUUUCCCCGUGUUGUAUGUAUGCGUGUAUCAUAUUAUCCGCCGCAGCUAUUCUUCCUCGUUUUCGUCUAGUCCAGACCUUCGUGUGCUCCCGGAAUAUAACAUGGAAUCAUAACGAAACGUGAAACGAUUGCGAAUAGGAGAGUAACGCGUGCGUGCUCCAAAGGAUACGUUAUUCGGGACCGUUGUAUCGGCAAGUUUUCGCUUAAUCACCGUGUCUCUUGUACCUGAUGAAACUAUGUUACCGCGAAUCAUUUCUUUUCCUUCUAAGUAGGUUCGUAGCACACUCCCGAUGUCUACAGAUGUACGCGUAGACGCGCACGACCAAGUGAUCUUUGGGCGAAAUCGUACUUAGAAGAGUAUCAACGUUCCGAUUUAUUGCGCCUGUAUAUUUAUAGUAAAAUGCGAUAUUUCACAAAUAUUCCUAAUCACUUUAGCUUAUUAUUUACAAGUAUUCUGAAUUUCCCGCAUCGCGUUUAGGACUAUCUCCACUCGAAAUUCGCGGUCGAAAUUCGCGGUCGAAAUUCGCGGUCGAGUUUCCAUGUUCCGAUCACGUUUCGUACCAUGUGUGUUGUUUUUCUCUCCGAACAAGAGAAAAGUCAGUCCGAAAUGAGAAGAAAAAUAGGGAAAAGAAAUUAGAAAGAAAGAAAAAGGGGAACGACGAAUAACUCGUUAACUCGACGACGACGGUACAGUCCAAACGAGUGGUAUUUCCAUUUUCUUCUUCUCCUGUUUCCUUCGGUGUCCGCGAUAUCUUGUUCUGUUUGGACUCCAAUCGAUGUUAUCGCCCCGUACCCUCCAAGGAGUAGUAGUUGGUAUCGCAUGACUCGUAAGAUACGGCUGGGUUUUCGUGUCUCCAGCAGAUUCUACGUUAUGAAUAUGAUUCGCAAACUUGUAAUCGAUGUGAUAGUAGUCUCGAAAAGUUGGCUCGUCGCGAAACGCUUGCAUGGCACACCACACGUGCAGCAGCAAACAGGGGAAUCUGGAAAGCCAAUAGUCGGUGAAUUUGUCCGGAACAUCUCCGAGGUUUUCCUGAGCGGCCAGGCUCAAUUCUCUGUAGUGAUGUUUCUAAAAGAAAUCGUGCUUGAAACGUAAACAGAUUCUAUGCACGGUAGGGCGGGUAGAUCAUUCGCGUCGUCAAAGUGUCGCACACAAUUACGUUUUACGACGUUAAAUCUAUAAUCUACCUUGUUUCUCAACGCUCUCAAAAGAUCUCGAACACUGUCUCCGCGGUAGCUUCUAUAUCUUCGAAGAUCGGCUGCAACUUCCACGUCGAUGAAUAAUCUCCAAUCGCCGUGUACGAUUCGGAGAUUGUCGGUUUCUAAUGCGAUCAAAGCUGCACUGUCGCUCUGUUCCUUUUCCACUCGAUCGCUUACAUCCUGACAUCAUAGAUGACGUUUCCAAGAAAACAAAAGAAACAAAGAAAUUUCAGAAACAACAUUCGGACCUGGCAAUCUAUCGUAUUUAUCGUGCAACGAUCGCGACACAUCGAUCGAUCGAAAGGAAGGAAAUACCUGAAAGAAUGCGAGUAUCCGCGAGGGUUCCCAAAAUAUGGGAUGUUCGUGGAUAGCCGUUACCGGAGGUCGUUCCGACGGGUCGUUGGCGAUCAUAGCCUUUAUCAGUACCAACGCAAGUUCCUUGUCGCUUUCGGAAAUUUCUUCGCGAAGGGCUGUCAAGUCGCUCUCGCCGCCUGCGAUAACAUCGGAUACGUUCAUCGUUGAGGAUUAGAAAGCGUCUUUACCAGUCGUGACAAUGUCUUACACAGAAUAUUGGCUUGUCGUCGCAACGAAUCUCCGAACGGAUGUUUCCCACCGGAGAGGACGUAAUAGAAUACACAGCCAAGAGAAAAGAUGUCUACGGCACACGUCGUUCUGUUUCCGUUUAAUAUUUCUGGCGCUAUCCAACCGUCGGUGCCGGUUAUACCGGAUCUACGCGAGAAAGAUACACGGCCCAGUUGGAGUUUCUUGCACAAUCCAAAAUCGGAUAUCAUCGCUCGAACUUCUCCCCGUGGCCCCGGUGCGGACAACAGUACGUUGUGCGGUUUGAUGUCCCUGUGUACUGUGCAGAUCGAAAAUCAUGGAUGACAACGCCUUCGUGUCCGGACGCGAGAUUUCUACACCCGUCAAGAACAAAUACCUCACCGAUGUCGAGGCAAUGCAGGUGAGCUAAUCCGGACGUGGCCUGUCGUAGAAUGCUUUUCGCGGAUAUCUUUCCUCUGUCGUACAGUCCCGCGACGUAAUCUUGCAAAGUUGCCUCGGCCAACUCCAACGCAAUGUAUCGAAACAUUCGAUCUUGCUCGGUACAAAAGUACCGUACAACGUUUGCGUGCGCGUCCGAUUCCCGGAGCAGUGCUACUUCGCGGUCAGCGAAUGUAAAACAGUCCGGUAAUAAACGUUUCACCGCUACGGAACGGCCAUCAAAUUCCCCCCUAAAAUCAACGUAAAGCACCGUACAACUCUUACACGCGAGUCAAGAGAAUCUCGUAAGAAGAGGACGAAUAAAAACGACGGAGAAAGAGGGAAGAAAUUUCACGAGCAUAUUUGCUUGCGAGUACCUGUACACAAAAGUUCCCUCGCAUCCUUUACCCAACACUUGACCGGUAUCGAAUGUAAUCUUCCCAACUUUUACCACUCCUUCGCCCAUGUCUUCCGGUACCGCGAGCGCAUUCGAUCGUAUCCCAUGGUAGUAAUCGUUGCUCGUGCGACUGCUUUCUCGAGAGCCCUAUCAUUAACAAACUGAUUUCUUAGGUACAUGGCCGUAAUUUGAAAACAUAUGUACAGAAGCGAAUCGCAACAGAGUCUUGGAGAGCGGAAAUGACAAAGUCAAAUUACACGACACAAUUGCACGAGUACCUGUGAGAGUUGUUGGAACUCUUUAAAUCGUGCGUUUAGGUAGCAAAACAUUGCCAAAACGCAUCCCAGCAACACGAUCAAUGCCAAUUUUAGACCUUUAUUCUCUUGCUGAUAAAACCAGCUUCUUAUCGCAAUGUACGCGUGCCGUACGAUUUCGUGCCAACGCGUGUCACUUUCGCUUUCGCUGGAUCCACCGUCGGUAUGAAAGUCAAACGACAGUAACGACUCUUUGGUUGAAUUCGGGUAUCCUGCGGAGGACGGUAACGUUUCGAUCACAGGAUCGGAUCGACCGGUAAUCUGAAGAGGGUGUUGAUCUUGCAACUCGUAUUCUGCUGGUAUCUCGUAAUGUCCUAUUCCGAUGAAAUCAAUGAAAUGAAUUAUUGCCGCCAUGUACCGUACAUACGCGUCCUUUCAACUGUGAUUACCUAGCGCGAUAACUGUUUGAUAUUCUGUCUGGACGACACUCUCGGUAUUGCUGUCCACGUAGGUAUGAUUUCCAGUCGAUACUGGAACGGUAUUGUUAACCUUUCCAGACUGCGAAACCGGCAACGGACCCUCUAACAACAACUGUCCAAUAUUACUCGAUAUCGUGGCUGUUGUUGAGUCGACGAACGAUGGCAGAGCAUACAGUCCGUGUCUAUGUUGGCCAAUGUACAAUGUUGGACUAGAAGAAGAAAAAACAACAAGUCCGAUUGUUCUACGGAGAGCGAGCGUCGUCGAUAACUUGAGUGAAAACAAGAAAAAGCAAAAUAAAGAGACGGCUUACAACAACUGAAUGUCGCUUGGUUUGCUUGCAAAACGUUUCAACAGAAGGUCCAAUGUACCAUCCGCGACACUGGUAAAAGGAACUGUGAGCAAACCAUCUUUUCUCACUAUGUAUAGCGCUAUUACCGGACUUUGUACAUCCAAUUCCCAAAGAACAAUUCCCAAUCUUCUAUCCACGGUGACGAUACGUCCAGUCGAACUUGUUGUAAAAUGAACUAAAUCUACAAUGGAACGGUGU